AGUGCAGUGCGUGUCCGUGACUGUACUGAGACUCUUAAGAGAGCUCGCUUACAGAUUGUUCUGAAAUAUCUAGUUAUUAGCCUCGGAAAUCGAGUUUAUUCUUUAUUGUUUUGAUUUGUGGAGAGUGUGGAGAUGUUGAGGGCGGUUCUGUUGGGGAUCCUGUGCUGCGUUCAUGCGGCGUCUGCUGCAGGAACCCACUCCCUGUGGUAUUUCUUCAUGGGGUUCUCAGAGGGGACGGGGCUCCCUGAGUUUAUGACGAUGGGGAUGCUGGAUGAUGAGCAGAUUGAUUACUACGACAGUGUCAUGAAGAAGACGGUCCCCAAACAGGACUGGAUGGAGAGAUCUGAGGAUCCGGAGUACUGGGAGGGAGAGACUGAGGGAGCUGUUGGGACACAGCAGAGUUUCAAAUUGAAUAUUAGAAUCACAAUGCAGCGCUUCAACCAGACUGGGGGAGUUCACACUCUCCAGAGAAUGUACGGCUGUGAGCUGGAUGAGGACGGGACCAAGCGGGGGUUUUUUCAGGACGGAUUCGAUGGAAAGGAUUUCCUCAGCUUCGAUAAGGACACUCUGACCUGGACCGCCCCUGUGAUGCAGGCUGUCAUCACUAAACACAAGUGGGAUGCUAACAGAGCCGGGAAUCAGUACUGGAAGGGCUAUCUGGAGACAGAGUGUAUCGAGUGGCUGCAGAAGUACGUCCAGUACGGGAGGGAGACUCUGGAGAGGAGAGUUCCUCCUGCAGUGACUCUGCUCCAGAGGAAAGCUCGUGGAUCUGCAGACACGGAGGUCCUGUGUCAUGUGACAGGGUUCUUCCCCCGCGCUGUGGAGGUGACCUGGGUCAGAGACGGACGGGAUCAUCUGGAGGAGGGGGUGCAGAGUGGGGAGGUGCUUCCCAACCAGGACGGGACCUACCAGCUGAGAAAGAUCCUGACAGUGAGCCCUGAGGAGCAGAGAAGACACAUCUACUCCUGCCAGGUGGACCACGUCAGCUUCACUGAGAAACAGAACUACAUCUGGGAUCCCAACAUGAGAAGCAACAGCGAGGAUAAUGAGGUGACUAGGUGCAGGUGCAGCUCCUCUAUUCGGCUCGUUGUUGGAGGGGUGGGUGUACUGGCUCUGGCUGCAGCGGUCAUUGGAGUGGGGAUCUAGAAGAGGAGACAAGGAG